AACUUCACGCAGGUAUAUUUAAUAUAAAUCACAACAACAGAAAAGAAUAAAGAAACUAGAAAUUAAAUUUUUAUUAUAAUACCAAAUUGAAAACGAUUUUGGUGUCAGCAAACUUGCAUUCAUUUUUAAGCACAAGUCGUAAGAAAUACUGCCUUUUAAAUUAAUUCCAAACUCACCUACGUACUCACUCGUCUGUAAACACAAUAAACAAUGAACGGAGCAAUUCCAAAAGAAACAAAAAACAAUUCUAAUGUUGGUGCUGUCGCUGCUCUAAUGAAUCGUCAUAAUCCUGGAGAACGCAUAACGUUGCUUGUAGAUAAUGUACGAUUCAUGAUUGAGAAAGAUUUAGUUACCUCACAUCCGAAUACCAUGUUGGGAACUAUGUUCAGCACGGGUUUCCAGUUCGUUCAUCCCAACGAAAGGGGAGAGUAUGAGGUGGCUGAUGGUAUAUCGCAUACACUGUUUCGGGCAAUUCUCGAUUACUAUAAGACGGGGUUGAUAAAAUGCCCUCCCACAAUAUCUGUGCCGGAAUUGAAAGAAGCUUGUGAUUACCUACUAAUACCCUUUGAUGCCACCACAGUGCGUUGUCAGAAUCUGCGUGGCCUUCUGCAUGAGCUGAGCAACGAAGGAGCACGCCAGCAGUUUGAAUUGUUUUUGGAGGAAUUCAUAUUGCCGGUUAUGGUGACAGCAGCUCAACGAGGUGAUCGCGAAUGCCAUGUUGUCGUGUUGUUGGAUGACGAUGUAGUCGAUUGGGAUGAAGAGUUUCCGCCCCAAAUGGGAGAGGAAUACUGCCAAACCAUACACAGUACCACAAUGCAUCGUUUCUUUAAGUACAUUGAAAAUCGAGAUGUGGCCAAACAGGUGAUGAAAGAUCGUGGUCUGAAAAAAAUACGCUGCGGCAUCGAAGGUUAUCCAACCCACAAGGAAAAGAUACGUCGGCGGCCAGGCGGUCGGGCUGAAGUCAUCUAUAGUUAUGUGCAGCGACCCUUCAUUCAUAUGUCGUGGGAGAAGGAAGAAGCAAAGAGUCGUCAUGUUGACUUCCAAUGUGUAAAAUCGAAAUCUGUCACUAAUUUGGCUGAAGCUACUGCGGAUCCCCCACUGGAGUUAGAUGCCAGCGGCAAUGUAGUAGCACCGCCGGAGAAUAAUGUCGCAUUUAGAGCCGAUGCUGAUGCGGCCAUCGAGGUAGCUGAUGUCGCUGCCGGGGGCGUAGGCGGCGCAGCAGAUGAAGCAAAUGCUGGGGUAGUUGCUGCGGAUGGUGUGGCAGUGUCUAAUGACUUGGAAGCUGCCGGCGGUGCUAACGAAGAUAAUGCCUAAGUGCCGAAUAGCUGAAUAAAAUCAUACGUAGUAAUCGAAUUAUGAUCGUAUAUAGAAGUAUCGAAAUAUUUCCAUAAUUAUCACCAGGCAUACAUACAUACAUACAAAAAAUACAUACAUACUACAUAAAUACAUGCAAUUAAUAAAAUAUAAAA